GUCACAUGGAGAGUUAAAACCUCGACGCUGCCUGCAUGUUGUACAGCGUUAAGACCAGAAAAGGGCUGGGAACGGCAGUGUGUUUAAUUCUGGUGUUUGGAUCUCAGCUAUUCGGGACCCAACCCAAGAACAUUAACUAGUAGAUCCUGUCCAUUUCUAAUUUGUUUGUGCAAGCAGACAUUCCUGGUGAUAUUGCGCAGGGUUUUAUUUAUUAGGGCUUCUGUCCUAGUAACGUGUAAGGAGCUACCCAAGACGGCUGCAAACACAGCGGUCCAAAUCGUCAAGUUUUCUCCCAGAAGGCCAGAAUCGGCCAAUAUUAUUUUGUGAGGCGCUCUCGUUUAUUGCAAAAAAAGUUCGCUCACUUUUUUUUCUAUUUUGCAAAAUCGGUGUUUGAAUAAAGCGAAGCGAGCGGCGCGGAGAGGCGUGGGGGAAGCCCGCUAGCAGCCAGCCAGCCGUAACGCGGGCGUGGGAAUGAUGCCCUGAUCCCCGGCGAGCUGCGGCAGGAAUCCGGCGUGAGGGGCGGCGAAGAGGCACCGGUCGGCCGACGGCUGCGUCCUGAUCCUGGUGCUAAAGCGGCAGAAAUCCGGCAGCUUCAUUCACCGAGCCGUACUCUCAUUUUUUAUGCGGCUGGCUACUCGAAACAGUUCAUAGAAAACCAGAACUAAACGCCUUUCGCUUUUUCUUUGGGAAGGAAUUAAACUCAAAAAGAGACUGACAUGAUGUUUCCACAAUCCCGACACUCAGCUUCAUCGCAGCAGUUGAAAUUCACAACAUCGGACUCCUGUGAUCGGAUCAAGGAUGAGUUCCAGUUCCUUCAAGCACAGUACCACAGCUUAAAGCUGGAAUGCGACAAGCUCGCCACUGAGAAGUCUGAGAUGCAGCGCCAUUACAUAAUGUACUAUGAAAUGUCAUACGGACUGAACAUUGAGAUGCACAAACAGGCGGAGAUCGUGAAGAGACUGAACGCGAUCUGUGCUCAGGUGCUUCCCUACCUGUCGCAAGAGCAUCAGCAGCAGGUACUGGGGGCCAUCGAGAGAGCCAAGCAGGUCACUCCUCCGGAAAUGAACUCCAUCAUCCGGCAGCAGCUCCAGGCCCACCAGCUCUCUCAGCUCCAGGGCCUGGCCCUCCCGAUGACCCCCCUCCCGCUGGGCCUCAGCCAGCCCGGCCUGCCCCCUGUCACCUCCAGCUCUGGACUCUUCUCCCUCUCCAGCAUCCUGGCCUCGCAGGCCCAGUUGGCUAAAGACGAGAAGGCCACCCGCGACGGGGCAGACGGCCACCGUGACGAAGACGGCGACAAGUCGGACUGAUCCACAGCUGCCUGGCUUUGGGGGAGGGGGGGGGGCAGGGCUCUGCUCCCCCCCCCCUCCUCCUGCUCGCUGUCUCUCUGCUGCUGUCGUCUCCUGCUCACCUUUUCCUUUCUUUUAAAUUUAAUUUUUCCUUCAAAUUUCAUUUCUUGCUCGCAUUUAUACUUUUUUUUUCCGUUCAGCCGGCUACUCUGGGGACGCCCCCCCCCCCCGCCGCCGCCGCCAGCUGCAUUAGCUUUGGCCUCCGCUGCUGGUUUUUAAUUCUGAUUGGCUGGCCUCCUCCCUGCACUUCCUUCCUGGUGCUGCUGUAGGCAGGACCUCCCUGCCUUAGCACAUGUGGAGCCCAUGCUUACAGCAGUAAGCCUAAUAAUGCAUAAUAAUAAAGAAUAGUGAAUAAAACAGAAGGUUAAUCACGCAUCAGCCAAUAUUUUAAGAAAAGGGGUCAAAUUAGCUUCAUCUUUUAAAAGCUCCUGUAUAUUAGGUGUGUUCUUGGUUUAAGUGUUUUGGUUUGAUCACAGCGCAUUCAGGUACUCGCUCUCUUAACGUCUGCUUGUGACGUGAAGGAGAAUCAGGCCUCCACUCCGGCUGUUUUGUAGGACACCCCUGACCCCCCGACCCGCUGGAGAUUCAAAUACAGAAGCUAACAAACCAGGGGGCUCAAUUUGGCCGAGGCAGUUCAGUCGCCGACGUGCGUCUGAUCAAAAUAUCCAUAAGAUGAAAAACACCUUUUAGCUGCAUUUUACUGCCUCCUUUGUUUCUUUGUGUCGUUCCAUCGUACUAAACUAACAAGAGACCCCAAUGUUUUUACUUUAAAAGGAUGGAAAUUACUGUAGAGAGAGAGAGAGAGAGAAAGUUCAGCAGUGGUGUGAAAAAUGACUGGAUGCAACACUGUAAGUUUUGUCACAAAACAAGAAAAAUCAUAACACGUGAUUAUUUUUUUUGUAUAUAUAAAGCACUUAAAGGUUUUCUUUCUGUUAUGGAAAUGGGGUGGGGGGUGAAGCACUUUGGCGCUGACCAAGGCAGAGGGGUUGUGGUGUCCUGGUAGGUGGGCAUACUGCUAUACUGUAUAAUUGUGUGUACGCACUUCUCCUCUGAUUGAUACACAUUUCUCGCUAUUUUGGUAAAUCCAUUUCUUACAUGUGGGUGUGCACCACAGGCCUGCGUACUCACCGCUACGGCUCUGGGCUGGGGUAUCAGUUUUCAUCCCAACUUUGAAAAAUCCUCUAACUUUCAGGAAAGGUUAAUUUCCUGUCUAACUAGUUCUCCGUACAUAAACAUUCCACAAAAUUCCACAACAUGAUUUUUUUUUUAAACUGUCCCCAGUUACCAUGGGAACAUGCCUGAAAAUACUGGAUUUGUAGUAAAAUGAAAGUCCAUGUGAUUUGCUUUAUUUUAUUGCAAGAAUUGGCCUUAUCUUGCCUUUCACUGAGUUUUGGUUUAAUUCUUACAAUCAGUUGAAGCAUAGAUUUGCCAUUAGCUUUUUCUGUGUGUUUGGAGGAUAUUUGAUAUCUCAUCCAGUUAACAUGGACUGUAAUCGCAUGGUACUUUAUAUUUUCCAUGUUAAGACUCAUCAUGGAAAGAAGAUGGUACUAAGAUCAUGAGAUGAUUUACUACACGGAGGAAAUAAGCACUAUAUUGCUUUGUGGUGCAAGAUUUUCGUGAGACAGUAUUCUUCAUUCUUCAAAAAAAUGAUACUCUGUUCACAAGGACCCACAACGGGAGCGUUAAUUUUUUUGUAGGACUGUAACAGCACCGGAACAUAUAUAUAAAAACAAUGACACGGACAUUCCUUCUUCACUUCUGACAUCCUGGUUCAAAUUCCUUAUAAGUAUUCAGUAUCUUAGGUGCAGUAAUUUUGCAUGUAUUUAGAACUACAGAGAAAUUGCCACGGUAAAUGUUACGGUGACCUAGUUUUAAAUUGGCCACUGUCUUAUGUGUACAUUUAUUUGUGCGUGUAUGAAUGUGAACACGCUGUACCUGGUAUGUGUGAGAUUAGCCCGAAUAAUCAAACUAACUGCUAAGUUACCUUGGACAGGAAUAACUGCAUUCAGGUGUGGUCUCUGUGUAGAAGUGUAAGGCGGUGCCAUUAUUUAAAUAGCAGAACACGAAUCCCUACUAGAGUUGUGAUUUACCUUUGUAUUCUGAGUCGGUCGUGUCCCAUCUGUGAGGUGUUAAAGUAUUAAAUGUAUGAACUACAAAGAAAGCAGGACAAUGUAAGACUCAGAGAUAUGAACGGUAUCUACUGUACGUGUUGUGAAGAGGCAUCUUAUGUACUCAGAUAUACAUAUAAAGCAGAAGAUUGUGUGCGUCCUGACAGCAUCUGUAGUAUCCGUUUUUAUGAAUGGAUGUAUUGUACUGCAGCAUCACCGUGGUGCCGGAAAAUGACGACGGCACCGAGGAGAACCUGCAUUCUCUGCGUCCCUUUCUGGUUCCCCCCCCCCCCCCCGCUUGCACAUCCUCUCUUUUGAUACCAUUGCAUAGAUCUGCGCGAAGGCCAUUCUCAUUCUUAUUUAGUGAUGUAUGUAAGCUCUUUAACUCUGUACUUCUGCAAGUAAUUAUGUUUAGUGUUACAAAGACAACAUGUCCAUUUUAAAAUGAGGUGUGGAUACAACUUUUGAAACGGUUUGAUAAUGAUUUAAGUGACUCGAAAGUUCUGCAGUAAGGAAAUAUUUAUGGUGCCUUACAAAUAAAACAGUGGAAUCAA